ACUUGCCAGAUUGCAGGCGAGGCGGGGGAUUGUGAACAGAGCGAAAAACCUGGAGAUACGCUGCGGAGUAUUCGGAACUGUCCAUAUUGAAUUGGAAGGAAAAACUUCCUCCUCAAUUACGUUUCAAAUCCCUAAAGAGACACCGUUGGGUUUGUCAAGCCAAGCAGUUCCCUGGUCAGACAUGAAGAGCCCUCCAGGCCUGGAUCGCUGAGCAGCUGAGGUCGGCCUUAAAAAUACUUGCCCUGACAGCCAUGGCUGAUAGAGAUGGGCUUCCCAUUGCCCCAGGACAAGUCUACGUUGAAGUGGAAUAUGACUAUGAAUACAAGGCAAAAGACAAGAUAGUCACUAUACGGCAGGGAGAGUGUUAUAUGUUAGUGAAGAAAACCAAUGAGGAUUGGUGGCAGGUGAAGAAGGACGAGGGCACAAAGGCUUUCUACGUGCCAGCCCAGUAUGUCAGAGAGGUUCGGCGGGCCUUGAUGCCUCCCCAGAAGCCCACUUUGAAAGCCAAGCCUUCUGUUCUGGAUAUUUGCAUGACAUCAAAUGAGAACCUCAACCGACCGCAGCCUGAAAUGUCCAGCUUUGGGCGUCCGUCACCCUCCUCCACGCCAUCACCUUCCUCAGACCGUGUGACGCCGCCAGCUCUGCCUAAGGAUGCUAACCAGAAUUUGGGAAGUCCGCAUCAUUGCAAGGUUGUGGCCGAACUAGUGCUUCUUCACAACAAUAACAAUCAUCAUCUUGCCAACAAUUCAACUCUGCCACGGACCCGAGCUGACUCGCCUCCACUCAAAGAGGAGAACAACCACAACAGAAGUCCAGACAGUGACAAGACUUCCCCACAAUGUGACCUAACAGGAAAUGGGCUCAGCAAGCUCCACAAUGACUCGGAGUCAGGCGAUGAGCUUAGUAGCAGUUCAACUGAACACAUGCAGACUACAUCACCUACGGGUCAGGGCAGGUCAGACUCACCGGUUUACACUAACCUCCAGGAGCUCAAGAUCUCUCAGUCGAGUUUACCGCCUGUCCCCUCUGGCUCACCACUGCAUAUCCACGGAGAUUGGGAGACCCACAAAGACUUGAGCGGCAGGCAUUUCUAUUAUAACAGAGCCACGGGGGAGCGUACAUGGAAACCUCCACGCACACGGGACACUAGCGGCAGCACCAGCAGCUUCCGAGGAGAAAUCCAAGGCACGGCAGAGAGUGAGCUGCUUUCAUCUGAGGAAAACUGCCACAGCACCCAUUCAAGCCAGUCUGACAGCCAGUACGGUUCACCCCCUAGAGGCUGGUCUGAGGAGCUUGAUGAACAUGGACACACCCUUUAUGUCUCAGAAUACACACAAGAGAAGUGGAUAAAGCACGUUGAUGAGCAAGGAAGACCCUACUACUACAAUGCUGACGGAUCCAGGUCGGAAUGGGAAUUACCCAAGUACAACAUUUCCCCUCAAUCUGGUGAGGUCCCCAAGAGUCGGAGCCUGGAGAGGAAGCAGCCGGACCCCAUCAUACUCACCAAGUGGAGACACAGCACAUAUGUUCUUGACCUCAAUGAUAAGGAGUGUGCUCCGGUGCCCAAGCAGAGCUCUCCUGACUCUGACUCCUGCCCAUCAUCUCCUAAGCAUCCCUCAACUCCAUCAGAGAAGUGCGGGGUCCUAAAUGUUACCAAAAUCACAGAGAAUGGGAAAAAAGUCAGGAAGAACUGGGCAUCCUCAUGGACGGUGUUGCAAGGUUCUUCCCUCCUUUUCGCAAAAGGUCAAGGCGGAAGCACGAGCUGGAAGUUCGGCAGCAACCAAUCUAAGCCAGAGUUUACCGUUGACUUGCGUGGCGGUUCAGUGGAAUGGGCAUCCAAGGACAAGUCCAGCAAGAAGCAUGUCAUUGAGCUGAAGACACGUCAGGGGACCGAACUACUGAUCCAGUCGGAGAUUGACAGUGUCAUCAACGACUGGUACCGGGCACUGACAGAGACCAUUAAUACACAUGCGUGGGAGUCGGAUGAAGCCAUUGAAGAGGAUAUGCCUGAAUCUCCUGGAGCUGAGAAACAGGACAAAGAGAAAGACCAGCGAGACUCUAAGAAGAACAGAGUUGUGAUGAAGACUUCCGUCAGCAUGGACUCAUCGGACCAGAAAAAAACUCGUUUGAAGCUCAAGAAAUUCUUGACACGUCGUCCCACCUAUCAGGCUGUCAGAGACAAAGGCUACAUCAAAGAUCAAGUUUUUGGCUGCAGUCUGAGCAACCUGUGCCAGCGAGAGACCACAUCUGUGCCGAAAUUUGUCAAAAUGUGUAUUGACCAUGUGGAGAACACGGGUCUCAGUAUAGAUGGCCUUUAUCGAGUAAGCGGGAACCUGGCAGUGAUACAGAAGCUACGCUUUGCUGUAAACCACGAUGAGAAGGUAGAACUAGAUGACAGCAAGUGGGAGGACAUCCACGUCACAACAGGAGCACUCAAGAUGUUCUUCCGGGAACUUCCAGAACCUUUAUUCACCUAUGGAUCCUUCAAUGACUUUGUCAAUGCAAUUAAAUGCUCCGACUACAAGCAGAGACUAAACUCCAUCAAAGACUUGAUCAAGAAGUUGCCAAAACCUAACCAUGACACAAUGCAAGUCCUCUUCAAACACCUGCGCAGGGUGAUCGACCACGGUGAAGCCAACCGCAUGACCACCCAGAGCGUGGCCAUCGUUUUUGGACCUACACUGCUGCGGCCUGAGACGGAGACUGGCAAUAUCGCCGUGCACAUGGUCUACCAGAACCAGAUAGUAGAGCUCAUUCUACUUGAGUAUGAAAGCAUCUUUGGCAGGUAGACAAAAGGGCUCCAGACUUCUUGGCUCUUGUUGUGUUAUUUUUGACUGAAUUCAGUGUUGCUGUGGACCUGGCAGCUGGGAAACCCAACUACUCAUUUGACAGGACCGUUUACACAAGCAUGACAAGGCAUUGCACUUAACAGUUAUGAGGGUGAAUUGUAUUUCAAGGGCAAGAAGGCCAUCACCUUUCCAGAUGCCGUUCCUUUGCAGAUGGACGUUUCAGAUGACCUCUUGUGAUUUGGUGAAUUUGAGUAUUCAGGGUUUUGUUUUGUUUUUUGGUGCCGCAGUCACUGAAUCCUGUAAAACCUCCUCGUGUUUAAGGGAGUGUUAAUGGAUGCUGCUCCGGUGGCGUUAAAGGCAGACGCGAACUUUGUAAUGUUGCCUGUUUUGUGUCGUGGCGCUUCGUCUGUGACGCCAGUAAUGCCAUAAUCAGUGUUGUGUUAAUGGACUCUUGUUUUUUUUUUUGUUGUUGUUUCUGUUUUUUUUGCACUUGGAUGACUUGGAGCAGUGUUUCACAUCGUGCCCCCAUCACCCUCACCCUUUCAGUGUUUACCUGACGGAGGAAUAUAAAACGGUGCUUGUCGGUGGGAGCGCAUUAAAACCUGCACAGAAGCAUCUUUCGUCUUGCCACUUUGUACAGAAACGUGUCGUGUCGUAGUGUCAACGUGCGUGGGUGAAGUCUGCCUCGUUUGUGCUCCUUUAUCAACGCAAAUACGUGUUCGUUUGGUUCGUCCUGUGGCAGGAUGCGUCUUCAAGGUGCGCUAAGCUAACGAAGUAUUCCGACAAGGGGGGGGGGCAGUACUAAGAGUGUUUGAAGGCCUGAUGUAUGGCAAUGGGUGAGAGCCUUUUAAUUUCAGAGCUCAUUCUCUGACAAGCUAGUCGUUACAAAGUGUUCAAGUGACUGAAGUUUGUGUGUAUAGUUGAUUUUCCAGUUUGUACAUUUGAAUUAAAAGAUAACAAAAUGGCGAUUGUGAGAAAGAAGAAAAAAAAAAAGUCCUCCUUCUGUUCCUGCAGUGUUUACGUGUGAUCAGCUGCACAUUUGAAUGUAAUUUUUUCAAGCUAACUGCUGUUUGUGAAAUUGCGCUGUCUAAUAAAAAAAGAAAAACAAGAUGUGGAGGCUCCUGUGCAUUUCCUGUCUCGGUGAUAAAAGCUUAUCUCGGAUGGAGAUCAUAAACAUAAAAGAUGCAAAGGUGAGUCUGUCGUUCGACUUCAAUCAACUCUAAAGCUUUAGCUCCCCCUCUGCUUUAAUUACAUAAUUGAAUUAAUCUACUCAGCGCUAAUAUCCUGGUUAUUGAGCGACGUGAUUAAGAUUUCUUGUCGCCAUCAAUUAUUUUCCUACCUGUUAAUUAUGAAAAGCACUUUAGUAUAUUUCUUUAUAUUUCUGAAACGUAUAGCAACCCCUGCCACUCUGCUUUCAUUAAUCACUGUGCUUCCAUUUUUUGUCAUUACUCCACAGGUCAUACGUGGCUGCCGACCUGAAGGCUGCGGAUUAAUUGAUGUCUAAUUAGGUAAUUGCCUGUGUGCCAGCUUUGAUUAAGAAGUGCGCGGCUGUGGAGUGCUGAGCAAAGCUGCUUGCUGUAAGGCCCUUACUGAAAAGCUUCAUUUAGCUUUUCAUUUGUAUUGGCUUUGUGGAGUGUAUUGAUGACUGGCUGCCUAGUAUAUAUCGUUGUAU